AUGAAUUCCGCGGAGCAGACGGUCACUUGGCUGAUCACACUCGGGGUGCUGGAGUCGCCGAAAAAGACUAUAUCGGAUCCCGAGGCAUUUUUACAGUCCUCCCUCAAAGAUGGGGUGGUCUUGUGCAGACUGCUGGAGCGGCUGAGCCCGGGAUCCACGGACAAAGUAAGGACAGAGCUGCCGCUUGUCUUCCCCUCUUGCCGCCCGCUUCAUCGGCUCCUCAAUGCGGCAAGAACCGUGACAUAACGCGGUUUAUCUCGCUUCUCUUUGCCCUCUGGCCCAUGAAGAGAUUCGUUUGUAGGUCACGAGCGCGUGGGUUAUUGUUCCUAAAAACAGCACCAAAUGGUUGCACAUAUGUCAGUAGGCCUACACUCACGCGUGUGAUAGGUUUAUACAGACAGACAGACAGACCACACCGUUCGCUGUGGCAGAUGCGAGUCACGACGAUCUAUUCUGUGCGCAAUUAUUAGUAGCCUUUGUAGAUUCUUAAACCAAGACAAACGAUGAGGCGCAUUUUUUUGUUGUCAAACAAACUCUUAAAUUUAUGAGCUCUAUGGUUUGGGAAUUGUGUAGCCUAUAUGGAUUUUAGUUUUUUCUUCUGGAGACAGGCAACAGAAAAGGCCACAGAUAGCCUACAGAUGCGUUGUGAGAUUGGAACCCAAAGCGCAUUACGCGGUAUUACGUUAAUGCACAGGAUCUGUAGGCCUCUAGCCUAUGGUUUAUAUGUAGCCUAUGUUUGACACAUUAUCCGGAUCACCAGCUAGUGGUGUAUGUGGGUACACCACAAGAGCUGGCCGCCAUUGACUGCAAAAGCUCACAGACAGAUAGAGACCCUCGCCACAUUUAAAGCAACAGUGCGGUAUUUGUAAUGUAUGUCUGUCAACACCAAAAGCCCCACUCACUUUAGCCUUGUUCUAUAUUGUGUACGACAAAUCUUGUGUGGUUUUAGACAGAUUGGGCGUUCCCUGGCGUUCUUAAUCUUAAAUGCCUCUCUGACAACAGAAUAGCCUAGUGCUGUCUGGAGAGUGGCCACAGCUGGAAGAGAGAGACUCUUCCAUCACCUUAUAGGAGAACAUCACCUAUAGCCUAAUCUAACCAGGGUUCUGACCAACCGUUGAUUCUGUUCUUAUGGUCUGAUAGAGUAGGCUAUUGAAAUCUGCCCAUGAUGACCACCUGAUGAUGAGCUAUUGGCCACAAGUGCAAAGGAGGAGAAAGAGUCUUCCCUCUAUGAAAAAUGCAGUUAUUAUUAUAUUCUGUUCUAUAGCGUAUUAUAUUCUAACUGCAUAGACUGAUAGGCUACAGGUCAUUUAACUGGUAAUUACUCUGGUAAAAUAUCUAUAUGUCCAGCCUCAGCCAGCGCCCAAUGUUUCACUUUUGUUGUAUAUCUCACUGGCAGUUCAUGUAGCCUAUGGUUAUAGACUGGUAAUAAAAGGUGUCAGAUCUGUCCUUCUAGAUUCAUAGGCUGUAUUACAUCCAUUCACAUUGACAUUGUGGUUAGUGUUACUUAUUUAUUUCCCACCCGUUCUUUGAUAAUUAUUCUGUUUUGAUCAAUUUUAUCCAUCCCGCCUCUGUUCAGAGGAGUCGCCAGCGUCCUCCCUCACUGCUUCUGUGUUAUUGCUCACAGCUCCCAUUCGCCAACGUCAUUUCCCUCAAUCCAAUGCCUACUUCCCUGCUAGAGAAUUUGUAGCUGUAUUGUAUAAGCAAGCCAAGAAGAGGGAAUGUUGGCUUCUACUCUGAAUCAAAACGCGCAUACGACUGCUUCAAAGUAGCUAGGCUAUGAAAAACAAGUUUAUUUUGAUCGAAAUUCGUGUUUCUCAUAUGCAUUUUUGUUGUCCCAGAUCUACCAAGAACCGAAGAACGACGUCGAGUGCUUGAGCAACAUAAAGGAGUUUCUCAAAGGCUGCACUUCGUUUCGCGUAGAGGUAAAUUCUCCAUAA